AUGGCCGCAGACGGUGGAUGGAGUGCGAAGGAACAGGAAAAGAGUGCGGGUCAAUGCCUCACUCCUCAACCAAUAGACACUGAGCGUGAACAGCUCAUGGAUCGUGAGUUUGCAGAGGAAAAGGAAAUACCGAGUGAGCAUCAGUUAUUUGGGGAGUCGAUUUCCUCAUCCGAUAGUUCCGCCUCCUCGCAGAACUCCACUUGUCAGAGUCAACGAGAUGAAGUCCAAUGGCAAUGCAUCGCCACCGACAACCCUCUGAAAUUGAGGAUUAGGAAAGUGGUGAAGGCGCGUCGCCUAGACCGUAAGUGGCUCUUCCCUUUGAUUCGUUUCCGUCUCUCCUCACAGACCUCACAUAACUUCACAUUUCGAGUCAUUACGUAG